ACCUCAUUAAGCUAUACGCUAGCUAAGUGCAAACAAUACAACAAUGUCCAAAGUGGUCAGCUUUUGUAUCACCUUCAUCCUCCUCACCUUCAUGCUAAGCUUUACUGCAGCUCGACUCGGGCAUACUGACCAAGUACUGCAAAACCAACACAGAGUAAACAUGGACACAAGUAAAGCUGAAAUCAGAGACGAAAUCAAUUGUGAGAUGCUGGAGAAAGAUGAAUGCUUGUUCAGGAGGUCUCUGGCGGCGCACCUUGAUUAUAUCUACACACAGGAGCAGCCACCAGAAACUCCAUGAUGACCAUAAAGUACCAUUCCUUGAAACCAUAAGCAGCUAAUCUGUGACAAUAAGAAGAAUUUUUGUAAUAUAACUCUCCCUUCCCCACUGUUCCUUUAGGUAUAUGAGAUGGUUGUAUACUUGCAUAUAUACUCUAUUAAUCUGAAUCUCAUAUGUGGUAACACCAGUAGGAGUUGAGAAAGGUAUGAAAGAGUGAGCUAGCAACUCAAAUACAACUAUAGUUAUGUUUGGUUUGAAAGACUCCUAUGGAAUUAGAUUAUAUUUUUCAUGGAA